AUGGUCCUGAUUAGCGUUCCCCAGCGGAUAGACUGUUCUGUCCAGUGGCCCCGCGGUCCCACCGCAGGUCCCUGGACAGAACACCAUAUUCAUAUCAGCCAGGUCCCCCGCCACGAGAACUGGAAGCACGUCCUCGAGAGCAGUGACGUCUUUCACUGCUUCCACAAAAUGUGCGCCGACUUCUUGGACAACAGCAGCCGUCGGAACCUGCCGGCUGAUUUGGAGGACUUUGUGGCGGGCGAGCGGAAGGCCUAUUUUAAAGCCUUUGCGGCUGCUCAGAAGAAGGUCCAGAAACGCAAGGUGGACACCGUCCGCCACGUGAGCUCAUUCACGGAGAGGGUCAAGAUGCUGCACUGUUACAUGGACACCGUCCCUGCUGGGUGGGAUACGCGGCGCACCGCCAGGACCAGGUUCCGACACGGUCCUGUGCUUGAGGCGUACGGGAUCGAGCUUGGGGCGGAAUAUGCCUAUCGAUACGUGCGCCACAAUAGAGUCCCUGGGAACGAGCGGGAGCGGCUUGCUAUGGGCGACCAGCUGCGGGCUCUGGUGGGCGACUUGAAGAUGUCUCGAGGGGUGGGGCGGCGUGUGGUUCAUGGUGAUAAGCGUGACGAUGGGUUUGAGGGUGAGAUGGAUAUGAUGAUCGAGAUGUGGGCUCGUCGAAGCAUCGUAUCGGAGUAG